GAGAAUAAUUUUAAUUUUAUAUUUAAAUUAUGUAUAAUUUACGCCUGCUACGAAAUCUGAUACCGAGCGCCGGCCACGCCCAUCCGCGCUGGCUGGCAAGCCAGCACAAGCGGCGCCCGCAGCCGGGCAGCCUCCCGCCAGAUCGGCUGGAGCAGCUGCGCAGUGAUCUCUUCGAGCGUCGCCAGGAGCUGAGUGGUGCGGAGUGGGCGGAGGUGCGCCAGUCGCUGGUGGACGGGUACAAGCACAUCAACGGACACAACGUCGACGCCGUGAUUCUGGGCGUCUGCAGUGGCCCAAGCCAACUGUCGCUGGCCAAGAACUAUGUGGAGUUCCUCAGGAGCAGGGGCUCCAAGCCCAAUGCAGCGACACUGGGUCGCCUGCUGCGGGUCUACAAUGCCGCCUACCAUGAACGACCGCUCAGCGAGGCGGAACAGGCGGAGAUACUGCAGAUCUGCCGAUCGCUACAGGCGGAGCAUGAAACUCUGGAUGCCACCAGCUGCGAGAAUGUGAUCCACGGCUUGGUGGCUACCAGUGGCGAUGAUUGGCACCGCGGCCUGCCGCUUCUAGAGAUGAUGAAGGUCACCAGUGCGCCCAGCGUGGCCGCCUACUCCGCGCUGGCGGAGAAGGCCUUCAAUGUGGAGACGCCGGAUCAGGAACUGGCCUGGCGCCUGCUGGAGGAGAUGGCCACAGCGCGCAAGCUGCCCAAAUGCGAGGUCUACCUGGCGCUGCUCAAUCGUCUGGCCAACGAAACUGCCCAACUUCCUGCCCAGCUUAGCCGUUUGCUGCACUUCCUCGAAAGCCAUGAUGUUCUAGUCAGCCAGCGGGUGGCGGUGCGAUUGCAAAAACUGUCCAGGCAGGUGCCCCAUCUGCUAGAAGCCCGGGCCACCAAUUUGGGAGCUCUGGGCAAGUGCCAGUCGUGCCAGCAGCAUCUGCAGCCGGUGGCCAUCAGUGAUGAGGAGUUCCGGCGGCUCAGCGAAUGUUUCCUGGAGCGCGUGCUUAUACGACGAGAUGUUUUCCAGCGCUCCACGCCCGAGGAGGUGGCCAGGUUCAAGAAGUUUGUGGAGAAGACGGCGCCAUACGACUGUGUGAUCGAUGGCCUCAAUGUGGCCUACUCCACGGGCACCAAAAAGACACCCCAGCAGCUGGCCAAGCUGGUAGCCACUGUGGUGCGUCAUUUUCGCGAUCAGGACAAGCGUGUCCUCGUCCUGGGACGUGAGCACAUGCGCAACUGGUCCAAACAGGCCAUGCACUAUGUCCACAGCAAUGCCAGCCUCUUCCUGACCAACAAUCUGUCGCACGACGAUCCCUUCCUGCUGUAUGCCACGCUGCGCAGCGGCCAGGAGACGGACUUCUUCUCCCGCGACUUAAUGCGCAGUCACGCCUUCCAUCUGGGACCCGAACUGAAGCCCGUCUUCCGCCGCUGGCAGCAGGAGCACCAGUUCUCGCUGGUCACCCAAACACAAACGGGUCAGAUCAUAGUCAAGGAGCCCAUUCGCCAUCGGCUGUGCGCCCACAAGGUGGCGGACACCUGGCACGUGCCCUACUGCGAGCAGUACACACUGCAUCCCACGGACAGCUUCGAGGUGCCCGCCAAUUGGCUGUGCCUCAAGCUGAAUCAGCAGACAGCCGCUACCAAAGCAAAGGGGAAAACAAGAAGGUGACCAUGUGAGCAAGACUUGUACUAACAAUAAAUAGAAGCCAAAGGUUAACGAA